GUCCCGGGCCUUCUCCAGCACCUCUGUCCCGCCUGUGAGUGGCACCGAAGCUCUGCUCGGCUGGACUCGGUUGGACUGGGGCCUGCUCGGUCCGCACAGCCCGAAUCCAGACCCUCACAGGCGGCCAUGUCAGUCUCCUCCCCCCGCGGGAGCGAGCGCGGACGCUGCUGGAGCUCCCUGACGAGCAGCAGAGCAGAUCUCCCCGGACUGCAGCUGCUGCUGCUCGGCUGCGACCAAGGAGAGACCCCGCCUGAUCUGCGUCGGGUGGACGAGGUCUGGACGACAUUUAGGAACCUUAAAGAGAGGUCGCUGCAGCCACAGUGACAUGGACGGCAGGAGUGCCAACACAACCUGCAGAUCAAACACAGGAGCCUUGCCUGAACUGUGCAGCAGAAAAUGACUCACAGAAAUGGAAUCAGAGGGACGAGUGAACCCUGCCUCGACUCCGAGGCCUCCAGAGUCCUGGAGCAGGCCAACGGGAUGGAGCACGACAAAGUUCAGGAAGCGAACGACUGUGAGUCCGAGGAGCGGGGGCACGCAGGUGAACACACACGCUCCAUGGCUGGACCGGGAGUGAUCACAGCUCCGGACGGCGGAUGGGGAUGGGUGGUGCUGGUUGCCACCAUCAUGGUCCUGGCUCUGACGCUGGCGUUCCCGUCCUGUGUGGGGAUCUUUUACACCGACCUGCAGAACGAGUUCCACGCCAGCAACAGUGAGACCUCCUGGGUGCCCUCCAUCAUGACGUCAGUGCUCCAUGCAGGAGGUCCCUUUUGCAGCGUGCUGGUGGAGAGAUUGGGUUGCCGGGCGACGGUGAUGUUGGGCGGAGUCCUGAGCGGGGUUGGAAUGGCGGCCAGUUCGUUUACCCAGUCCAUCGGCCAGCUCUACGUCACAGCCGGGGUUAUUACAGGUCUUGGUUUCUGCUUUAGCUUCCAGCCCGCCGUGACGAUCCUCGGGCACUACUUUGUGCGUCGUCGAGCGUUUGCGAACGCCAUGUCAUCCACGGGCACGGCGCUGGGACUGUGCACGCUGCCUUUCUUGGGUAACUACCUCCACACCGAACUGGGCUGGAGGGGCAGUUUCCUGGUUCUGGGUGCCGUCUUGCUGAAUUGCUGCGUAUGUGGAGCGGUGAUGAGGCCCCUGCAGCCCUCCAGACGUCGAGGCCAGCCUCUGAUGAACCACGGACCUCCUCCACCUGAGGAGGAACCCGAGAAGAAGAAAACAGGGUGGGUGAGGACAGUAAGGAGCUACGUGGUGGCUUCUCUCAAAAAACACAUGGCCUUCGAUCAGCUCUGCAACAACUCUCGUUACUGUGUGUUCGUCAUCGGCAUCACCUGGAUGAUGCUGGGGUUCGUGGUGCCGCUGAUCUACCUGGUCCCCUACGCUACAGCUUACAAUAUGGAGCAGGGCCGCGCCGCGCUGCUGCUCUCCAUCCUGGGCAUCGUCAACAUCACGGUGCGGCCGCCCUUCGGCAUCAUCUUCAGCAUGCCGUGGUUCAAAGGGCGACACAUCUACGUGUUCGCCUGGGCUCUCCUGGUGAACGGGAUCAGUAACAGCAUCCCCUGCAUCGGGCCCGGCUUCAUGGUCCUGCUCGGGUAUGUGGUGAUCUACGGGUUGUCCAUGAGCGUGGUGGGCUCCCUGAUGUUCACUGUGCUCAUGGAUAUUGUGGAGAUGAACCGCUUCCCCUCUGCUCUGGGCCUGCUCGCCAUCAUGGAGAGCUUCACGCUGCUCAUCGGGCCUCCACUGGCAGGAGUCCUGAUCGACAGGACGGGUCAUUACUUCUUCGUCUUCUUCGCCUGCAGUACCGUCGUUGCCUCCUCCGCCGUGUUCCUCAUGGUGUCGUUUUGCUGGCUGGAUAAAAGGGACAGAAAGUUGUCGAAGCAGGGCCAACCAUCCGCCCUGCCCGAACCGGCCAGAGUCACCGCCGUGGACGUCGCUCCUGACUGUCAGUACCGCAGCGUGCCCACAGAGGGAGACAAAGACAAGUCCUCUGCGAACGGAGCGGAGUAUAUCACCAGCGUCUGAACCUGGGUUAUCUAAAACACACACACACACUCUCACUCCGGGUCAAACUGUCCUACAGAUUACUCCUAAUGUUUGUGACAGCUCGCUUGGUGCACCAGACGUUUGCUUUUCAUCAGCUGAUGGACACUUCACCUGACCUGCGCUGAGGUGACCCGCCGUGAUGAGCCACCGCCAUCUGCUGCGCCAUAAAAGCCCGAACAAACACUGUGAAUCAUUUGCUCUGCUUUACACAGGUUCAACACUUAAAUACCAAAAUGAACAGAUGUGCACUUACAACUAUAACGUGAUUGUACUGUUAAUCGUCAAAUGCUGCUGAUCUUACCUAUCACACGAUCUAUCAAACAUGAGGUAUCUCACUUUAUCAAGCCAAGAGACACGAGAUCCUGUUGAAGAAAUCACACUGAACGCUUUUCAGAUGUUUCCUACAGCACUGUUUUAGAGAUGAGAAGUGUGAUAAACAAAGCAAACUGACAGUGUUGUAAAAACAUGAUGAGGAAAGCAGUCAUUAAGGAGGUUACUUACAGGGAUAUCUAGGUGUUUGCCUUUUGUCAACAAAUCUCAAAGACCAAAAUCAGCAAUCUGCCUCUCUUCCUGUUGUAAGAAGUGCAGCAAGGAGGCGCUGUUAGCAUAGCGGUUGAAGCGUGCGCCCCAUGUACAGAGGCUGGAGUUGUCGUCGCAGUGGUCGCUAGUUCAACUCCCAGCCUCGAUCAUUCGCUGCAUGCUUUCCCCAGCUCUCUACUCCCCAUAUGUCCUGUCCAAUAAAGCCCCAAAAAGUAGCUCAAAAAAAGAAAGAAGUGAAGCCAAAAUGGGUGCUUACAUGUUGCACUUGUGACAUUUGGAGCAUGACAGCAGGAGUCAGGUAAUUUGAAGUCCUGGGAUUGACGUUAAAGAUCCCUCAGGUGGCAGAAAGUUAACACUCUUGUGUUAGUGUUUGUCACGUUUUCUCACACCCUUCCUUCUCUUACUCUGAUAAUCUGUUAAAGGAAGUUGCAGGAGUCCUCAUUGGUCAACAGAGAUGUCAAUCAUGACGUCACAUCCCCUCUUUUUUAACAUCAAAUAAGUAUUUCAAACUAAACUUCUCAGAAAACACCUCAGCAUGAAAAGAAGUGACUAUGACGGAGAGCUUGUUUGAGAAUUUUUAUUCUUAUUUCUUUACUUUCUUUUUAUUGAUUUUAAGGCAGAGACAAAACAUGGAUAACAAGACACACAUGAAAGACCUAACCAAAAUAAAUAAGUAAAUCAGAACAAUAGGAAGAUGCUGUAAUGCUGACAAUGAUAAAGGUGGUUAAAGCUAGGGUUGUAAUCCACAGAAAACUAGAAUGAAUUUGAAUGUAGAAUUUCCUCAGGACUCCGCCUUACACACACUCUUCCUCUGCCUCUCAGAUUACUUCGGUCCGUUGUACAACCUUCAACAACCAGUGCUCUCUGAACUGGCUUAUACUGGUUUACUCACAUCAUUAGUGUGAUCAGUUUUGAGUGGUUGCGUUUAAGCUGUGACACCUGUGCUUCAAAUGUGUUCAACUUUUGCUACCUGUGCUUACCAUUAUGCAACACACGUGCAUCACAGUGCAACAUGUGUUAUAGUGAGUGAGGAUGUGAUGCAAUCCGUGACGUCACCCAUCUGUUUCUGAAAGCUGUUUUGAAGCCAAUUGGGAGCGGCAGCCAUAUUGCUUCUGUCGAGCCAGUGUGACGUAAAGAGGCGGGCUUUGAGCCUCCUAGCCAACAGCUGCAGUGUUCCUGCAGGCAGCUGUGCCUCUCAUUGGAAGACUAGUAAUCUCAAUAACUUCGAAAUUGCCGAAUUAGAAAAAAAUUCACCCCCCUCACAGUGAGAGGACAUCGAGAAAUGAGCUAUUCAGACUACACUCAUCUUUUGUACCAGGCUGUAAACAUGUUUAUUAAUGCUGCAAAGAUCGUCUUUUUCCCAGUCAUGUGUAUGUGACUUCCGGUACUUCCGGAGCCAGCCUCAAGCGGAUCCUCGAUGAACUGCAGCUUUUAACACUUCCGCAUUGGACUCAUAUUUUUAGACCGGAGGUUGCCGCUUGGAAGUGACUGAUUCAAUGCAUGGGUUCAGCCGCUAAGGAAUUUGGUUCAGCCAUUAGGGUUUAGUGUUUUAGCAAUUCAGAAAUACUGUAAUGUUGUUUUGUAUCUGGAUGUCAUCAUCUUGCUGCAAAACAAAUCUACCUGCGGGUUUGAAUAAAGUAACCGCACCUAACCUCACCGAACUGCAGCCGACCACCAGGGGGAGCUCUAAAUAUUUGCCUGCACUUUAGGGGAACUGUUGUGUGCUAUGUAUUCAUGCAGCCUCCUUUAACCGCUUUGUGUAACAUCUCCUGUGCAGCCAUUUGGAAACCCUGACCAUGCAGCAUCAGUUACUUCUACUGGACAAACACUAACUUUCCAUUCAGCUUCUGCCACUCUGCGUUUUGAAUUUGAAAUUAAUGCACGAUACUGUUCCCCUGAUGAAGAAGAUGAGCGUUCAAAUCAUGUCUUUAUGCUCUCCUGAUGAGUUUAAUAACCCGCCACAGAGUCCUGCACAGAGGAAGAUGAUGCAUCAGGCUUCAGAUGCAGUCAUUGUUGGUUUUGGUCUUUUUAUGAGAUUUUUGACAGCAUCAUAAAUCUUAAGUUAUCAGAUUAAAGCCAGUUUACAGAAGGCCUUAAAGAAGUCAGAAUGAAACCUCUUUAUAUUCAAUGUCAACGCACAGCAUGCUGCCGACCUCAUGCAUUUAAAAAAGGCUCAAACUGUUCGUCAAACACUCCACAUGUACAAGCAGACUUCAUGUGUUUGUGUUCAGCAUGUUCUCACUCAGUGCCUUUUUAAAGAUGUAUUUCUUACACAGCAGUAUCACAUGAUUUCAUCGAGCUACAACACGCUGUGACUGAUUUCACCUCCACUUCUAAUCAAAGAUUUUCUGUGACAGACUUCUCUUUUGAUAAACUCGAUCGCUCCACCUGCACACGUUUGAACAAAGGUGUUUAAUGUGACGGAGAGUUAAACACAAACUUCAGGUAAAAGCUGUAUUGCAGUAAACGGAAGUGUUCGCAGUGGAUUUAUUAGUGCUCUUUGAGGCUUGACUUGCUUAUUGGGCCAAAUUUUACCUUUAUUAUAGACACUGUAUUUAUAUGUAUGGAUCAGGGGAGAAUAAAUGUUUAAGUAUCAAACA